AUGCCCGUAGCGCAUCGGCUAUUGUUGCACAGCAGCGACGAGGAAGUGGAGAAGAUUCAGACUUCCUUUCGAGAUGCUUUGACCACCAUUGGUGUUGUGGCAGCCCUGUUGCUGACAAUGGAAAAGACGACCGAGGUCAUUGACCAAGAAAUGGAUGCCUCCGAGUACAUCGACUGUGGCAAGAUACCUUGCAAUAUCAUCCACCUCACCCUGAGCUGGUUGUCCCUGGUCGGCUGUGCACAUGCUGUGAUGUACACGACCUGCGCAGUGGUGUGGAUGAGCUUGAUACCUACCAAGGCCACGAAGGACUUUUUCUUCUUCUUUCCCAACAUUCUCGUGCACCCGACGCGGUCCAUGAUGAUGGGUGUUCUAUGCUGGUCUCUUGAUGCCCUUUGGCUGGCUAUCAUCAACCACGGCUGGAGCCUGAUGAUCUGGCUCUCGCUCCCUGCCUUCUUGCUCCUUUUCCACGUGGGCUACAUGUUCGCGGAGAUGCGAUACUUUGCCUGGGGAUGGCCCAAUGCCCCCUAUGGGGACUACUACCGCCUGCAUGCAGAUCACUUCCAAACUUGCGACCACCUGGGUGAGCCUUUCAAGCACUCAGAAGUGGCGAGCGAAAGCGAGUAA